GCCUACAACACGCCCCUUGUUUGAGGUUGUCCUUGGGAUAGUCGCUCUCGUCGUCGAGGAUCAAUCAACAAGUCUUUUGUAAUAUGUUGUCUUCUGUCUUCUUAGUAAUUUCGCCGCCCCCAGGCUUUCACGCUUUUGUACACGCUCCUCCACUUGGCGCGUGCAACUCCUGCAGAUCCGUUGACAUAGUGUCUGAAUUAAUUACUCCCAGUAAUAUUGUCCCUUCAUCAGCACAGUCAGGGGGCCAGCUGAUUUCAUGCGGAAAAUGAUUAGCGGCCCUUGCGCAAUCGCAGUCUUGCUUCUCCAGAGCCGCUAUCAUCAAUUACCAAAUUAAAUUUCCUCAUCCAGAGAUAUGGAUUUUUGCCUGGACAUUUUUGGCCAGCAGCCAAGACUCAACAUCCAUACGCAAAUAUGUCUCUGCUUUGCGAUGCCCGAUGGUGUUGCGCAGUCCACCAUCGUGAGUAGACUGGAAUCUGGCCUUCGCCAGCUAACGGCCGGCUUUCCAUGGGUAGCGGGCCAGGUGGUCGUUGAAGGUGAAGGCGCAGGGAACUCUGGAGUUUUCAAGAUCAAGGAGCUGCAAGAAAUCCCCUAUUUUGCAGUGAAGGACCUCAGAACAGACACCUCAGCUCCAACCAUGAUGAGGCUGAGAGAAACCAAUUUCCCAAUGAGAAUGUUGAACGAAUCUGUUAUUGCGCCUCGCAACACAUUUCCCGCAGCCAAUGCCGUCAGCGUACGCGAAUACGGUUCGCCUGUGUUCCUUGUACAGGCAAACUUCAUCGUUGGCGGCUUGGUACUCACAUUCCUGGGCCAGCAUCAGACCAUGGAUAUCGUGGGGCAAGGACAGAUUAUGCAUCUCCUCUCGAAGGCCUGCCAUGGUGAAUCUUUCACAGAGAACGAGCUGUCAUCCGGUAACCUCCAACGUCAAAACCUCAUUCCUGUUCUUGAUAAUUACGAACGUGGCCCCGAGCUUGCUCGUCAUCUGGCUGCCACUGCAACCGGUCCAACUCGCAAUGGUCUCGACAAGCAUGAAACAAAGCCAACUCAGAUUAUGUGGGCAAGUUUUACCUUUCAUCCCACAUCGUUGGCAGCCUUAAAGGCCACUGCUGUCAAAACUCUCCCAAGUGGUUCCAGCUACGUAUCUACUGAUGACGCGCUGAGCGCAUUUAUCUGGCAGAGCAUCAUGCGCGCGCGCGCCGAUCGGUUGCCACCCAACAGAGAAACGACCUUUGCGCGAGCCAUUGACGUCCGCUCGUUUGUCGACGUGCCGGCGACGUACACGGGUAUCGUGCAGAACAUGACGUACGCGACGUAUACGAUACAAGAACUCGUCGUACUCCCGCUGGGUGAAAUAGCCUCCACGCUGAGAGCUGCUUUGGAACCCAAUACCACGAUCCUCCCUUUCCACACACGUGCCUUGGCCACCUACUUGCACAGCCAGGCUGAUAAGUCGCAUGUCUCCCCUGCCUCGUCAUUGGACUUUUCAGUUGACGUGAUAGUAAGUUCGUGGGCAAAAACGAAUAGCUACGACUUGGAUUUCAAUUUGGGACUAGGCAAGCCAGAGGCUGUUCGCCGGCCAUGGUUUACGCCACUGCAGAGUUUUGUCUAUCUCAUGCCUCGAAAGGCUGACGGUGAGAUUGCGGUAGCAGUGUGCCUUGAAGAAGAGAACAUGAAAAGGCUGAAGGCGGACAAGGAGUUUAUGACGUACGCAAGGCACGACGGAUAAAUCAAGUAGCAAAGAAGGUGAAGGUCAAAGAACAGCGGCAUAUAUCCCAUGAUAUCCCAUUGAUUAUGGUGCUGGAGUAUAUAUAUAUAUAUAUAUGUAUAUGUAUUUAAAAUAAGUAACUGAUGAAGCUCAAAAACUAUUAUGAUACUCCAAUAGAUCAAAGUCGAUAAUGGCUUGCCAUAUCUACAGUCAUGUUUAUGCGUUUAAUAGUCCAAGUCGAUACAUUCGCAGCCUGAUAUUUACACGCCGCUGUGCGAUGAUUUUAUUUCCUCCUGUAGAAAGGAAUAUUUUUGUAUGUCUCAGGCCGUGGAUGUACUCCACCGCGGGUCUAUGAGAUCGGUUGUCCGACAAGAGGGUAUCAUUCAUUAUACAUUCGCCUCCUCUUGGCAGUAAUUAAAACAACGGUUUAAUGGCCCCCGGGACUGCCUGUCAAAUGGUUGCAGAGCACACUGCCCAAGAAAACACCACCGAGUACCGACAAAAAA